AUGUAUGCGUUAUUUUCUAGGUUAAGUUUCCUACUAUUCAUCAGCGCCAUGUUUAUAUCAAUGUGGGUGUCCAACGGGUUGGCCUGCGGUCUCAUGAUGCCCAUUGUCAAAGCUAUACUGAUGGAACUUGAACGGAUGGGCAUCUUAGAAAUGUAUCAAAUGGUCGACAAAACCCGUCAGCAAUCAAGUAGACAUGAACAAAAAUCACCAAAACCUACAGAUUUUACUGUCUUCUAUUUUCUAGGAAUUGCCUAUUCAUCUACAUUAGGUGGAAUAGCAACUUUGUCCGGAAGCAAUUCGAAUGACGUGUUGAAAUAUUACUUUGAAUCAUAUUUUCCGGAUGGCCCAAAACUCGAGUUUCCUCACUUUAUGCUGCUAAAUUUGCCGGGGGUCCUGCUAAUGGAAUCAUUACUGUACUUAUGGCUAAAUUUCUUUUUUAUGGGAAUGUUCAGAUCUCAAAGCGAUAUAGCAUUACAAAUAGGAAUAUCUGAGGAGGAAGCGCAAUAUAUACAAACGCUGUUAGCUAAUCAGUACAUACAGUUGGGACGAAUUUCUUUCCAUGAAGCUGUGGUAGCAAUUGUAGUGUUCCUUGAUAUCACGUUCGAUGCGGUUAGUUUUGCUACUAGAGGACAUAGUAAUGUAUCUUCUCCAACAAUUGUAUUUGUGGUAUUAUUAUAUAUAUUACCAAGAAAUAUGGAAUUCAUGAGGUUCUUUCGACGACGGUCAGCCACUUCAGUCAGUCCAUUACCGAUCAAAGAAACAAACGGGUGUUUGAAUUGGGAUUUGGUGAGAGAUAACAUGCUGUGGGAAGUCAUUUUUAUUAUUGGUUCUAGUAGCAUAAUCUUCGACAACAUGAUGAUGUCACAAAUGGCGAAUGAGUUCGAAACAUUUCUCCUCUACUUCAAAGAGUGGCCGGUCAUGGUUCUGUCUUUGAUCGUUAUUGUAUUAUGCAAGACACUUACUGAAUUCGCUUCGAAUAGUUCUGUCGCCUAUUUGAUUUUGCCGUGCAUUGCUAGAUUUAGCGUACUGGCGAAGGUGAACCCGAUCUACAUGAUGACAGCUGCGACAAUUAGCGGCUCGCUACCGUUUAACCUCAUCACCGGCACUUCUGCCCAUGCUUUCGUCAUUGCUUACGUCAACAUGCCGCAUUAUAAAAUGGUGCAAGCCGGCAUCGGUCCAUCAUUAUUCUCCAUAAUAAUAAUAUGGAGCACAGUAACGUUAUGGGCGACGACCAUUUGGCCUGACAUCAUGCUGUACCCGGCCUGGGCUGCCAAAGAUCUUAUUAUUGUAAACAUAACAUCAUGAAAACUGGUUGAGUUUUAUUUACCUUUGACAAUAUCGACACACAAUUGAAGUGAUUUAAAAUUAGCAGACCUUGGGCCCUGCACGGUAAAACUUUAAUAUUAAAUUCAGUGUGUGCCAUAUUGCUCAACACCAUCUUGCGGAUUUUAAGGAAACUACAAAAUCUUCAUGAUAAUGACAGAGUAUUGCAUACAAAAGGUUUUUAUACACUUUUUAAAUACAGUAAAUAUAUAAUAAAUAAUUUAUCGUCUAUCAUUCGAAGCUAUCUCAACAGAUAAAAUUCUCAUUUGGAGUUAGAACGACCACAUUUUCCAGAAAAUGAAGCUCUGGUCGAAGUGUUUGUAG